AUGGAGCGAGCACUACAAACACAAGUGGUGCCUGAAGGGCAGCGUGUCGAGUUUGCCACAUAUUUGCUCACUGGUGAGGCCUCGCAUUGGUGGCAGGGUAUCCGACGUCUUCUACAGCAGGGUGAUGACUAUGUCACCUGGAAUGUCUUCAAAGAGGAGUUCUAUAAGAAGUACUCUCCGACUUCUGCCAGGACGGCUAAAGAACUUGAGUUACUGCAGCUGAAGCAGGGCACCAUGUCCGUAUCUGACUCAGUGGGACCAAUGGAGAUCAGAACUUUCUCCGAAUUGGUGAACAAGUGUAGAGUUGCUGAAGAGUGUGUGAAAAAGGCAGCUGCUGAGAGAGGGAGUCUCAAAGGUUCAUUUCCACAUAACAGAGGGAAGAGCUUUGCACCUAGAGGUCCACCUUUCAAGAGGGAAGGCUCUUCCAGAAGACCCAUCAACAACAACUCCCAAGGGAAGAGGUAUGGAAAGCAGCCUCAGAAUGAACAAGCUUGUGCUAGAUGUGGGAAGGAUACAGAAGGACCGGUCGUGGUGAAUAAUUAUUACUUGAAUUCGAUGAUGGUAAACUAUUCCGGAACCGAACGUCAGGGUAUUAUGUUAUUAACCGCAGGUGUUUCGGGUGAUGAUCAAAGAUUGGAACAAAUUUCGGUUGUGUGUGAGUUUCUGGAAGUGUUUCCCGAUGACAUUAAUAAGUUUCCACCUAACCGAGAGAUUGAGGAAGAACAUGCAGAACACUUGAGGACCGUGUUGCAGAUUCUAAAGGAGAAUAAACUCUAUGCGAAACUGUCUAAGUGUGAGUUUUGGAAGAGUGAGGUGAAGCUUUUGGGUCACGGGUGA